GACUCGCUCUGUGCUGGAACCAUGAGACUUGCCUUGCUGUGUGGGUUGCUGCUGCUGGCUGGUCUGACUCCAACCCAGGGAGGGCUCCUCAACCUGAACAAGAUGGUCAGACAUACGACUAGGAAGAUAGCCUUCUUCAACUACUGGCCUUAUGGCUGUCACUGUGGACUCGGUGGCAAGGGAGAACCCAAAGAUGCCACAGACUGGUGCUGUCAGAGACAUGAUUGCUGCUAUGCUCACCUCAAGACUGAUGGAUGCAGGAUCUUCACAGACACUUACAAAUACAGCAUUUCCCAGGGCGAUAUCCAGUGCUCUGACAAAGGGAGCUGGUGUGAGAAGGAGUUGUGUGCUUGUGACAAGGAGGUGGCCUUGUGCCUGAAGCAAAAUCUGAACAGCUUCAACAAGCGCCUGCGUUACUACUGGCGACCCCACUGCAAGGGCGAGACUCCUACGUGCUAGGAGAGCCCACUGUCCGUCUCCUGGAUUCCAUCCUGUUCCAGAGCAUCUGGAGCACUGAAGUCCCACAGGAUUGCUGCCCGACACCCCAGUGCCUAGUCUCCUGGACCAGCUGGCUUUUAAAGCCCUCCUUGCAAAAGGGCCUGCCCUCGAGGACUGGGGAAGCUACGGUCUUGUUGCUCCAGGUGCUGAGACCUGGCCUGCUGUUUCUUGUCUAUUUGUACUGUCUCUGGGAUCUCCUGCUGCAAUGUAGGCUGGGGGCUCCUCCUCUGGAAGCCUCUCUGGGUUGGCCCUUCUCUCCAGUUCUAAGGGCUUCUUGGUGCUGGAUGUCUGGUGGCAUAACGCCCCACGCGUCACCUGAGGCCAGAGUGGUGAGGUGUCCCAGGGGCUCAUCUCUUCCCAGGACCGGUGUCCUUCCCUGGUUCUCUGCAAAGUUUCUCCAAAGAGCCCUCUCAAUAAACCACUGGCACAAGAACCCCUGACUCCUGGCCCACCUCUAG